UUACCGGAAGUAGUGUAGUAAAUUAGAUCUAGUAAAUAUUUUGUUAUUGUCUCCACAAGAUACAACUAGGUUCUAGACCUAGGGAAAUAUGGUAACAGAAAAAUUGAAAAUGGCAGAUUUGUAUCUGAUAGUUUGGGUGUUGUUAUGUAUCAAUAUUUUAUUAGUUAGUACUGAAGAAUCUAAGAACGUUAUAGAAACUGAUCGUUAUCAUCACCAAAAUGAUCUGUUUCAACUGUUUACCCAAUUGAAAGACAAGUAUCCAAAUCUAGUCAAAAUUCACAACGUAGGCACAAGUGUACAAGGCAGAGAAUUGCUGGCAAUACAGAUAACAGAUAAAGUAAAUGAACAUGAGCUUGGAGAGCCUAUGUUUAAAUAUGUUGGUAAUAUGCAUGGCAAUGAGGCUGUUGGUCGUGAAAUCUUGAUAUUCCUUGCACAGCAUCUUCUUUCUAAGUAUGAGGAAGGUGAUCCUAGGAUCGUUGAUCUUGUGGACUCUACAAAUAUUUUUAUAAUGCCUUCUAUGAACCCUGAUGGCUUUGAAAUGGCAGUUGAAGGUGAUUGUGGAACAAUGACAACUGGUAAAGGUGGUAGAGAAAAUGCUAAUAUGGUAGACCUUAACAGAAAUUUUCCAGACCAGUUUGGUGGAAAUUUAGAUAACAUUCAACCUGAAACAAAAGCAUUGAUGUCUUGGAUUGAAGAAAAUCCUUUUGUUUUGUCUGCUAAUCUUCAUGGGGGAAGUGUGGUAGCCUCUUACCCUUUUGAUGAUUCUGCUAAACACACGUCUUCAGGAUACUAUAGUGCAGCACCUGAUGACCAAAUUUUCAAGCACCUUGCUAAGACAUAUGCAAGUAACCACAAAACAAUGUUCCAGGGAAAUUUGUGUAUUGGUGAUAAUUUCGCAGAUGGUAUAACUAAUGGAGCUUAUUGGUAUGAUGUACCUGGUGGCAUGGAGGAUUACAAUUAUUUACACAGCAAUUGUCUUGAAAUAACCCUUGAGCUAUCAUGCUGCAAGUAUCCUUUGGCCAAAGAACUGCAGAAUGAAUGGGAAAACAACAGGGAAGCAUUGUUAGCAUAUAUGGAAAAGGUUCACAUAGGUAUUAAAGGAUUUGUCACAGAUAAAGAAACUAAUCAACCCAUACACAAGGCUAAACUAACUGUUGAUGGAAUAGACCACCAGAUUACCACAACUUCAUCUGGAGAGUACUGGCGAUUAUUGGUUCCAGGUUCAUACACUAUUCGGGUUAUGGCAGAUGGCUAUGAUGAAAGUGUGCUGUCCGAUGUCCUAAUCUCUAGCGGCAAAGGAAGUCAAGUCAACUUUACUUUGAGUAGAUCACAGCGGAGUCCAAGCCAGCAAGAGAGCUCUUCUGACUCAUUGGAUACAUUAAUUUCCCUUGUGAGCUCAUUGCAAGAUUACAGCCAUCACGCCUCAACAAACUUUAAAGAGCCAACAGAGUUCAAGCAUCACAGCAAUGAAGAAAUGUCUGCUUUCCUGCAUAAACUGGCAGAGACAUACCCCACAAUCACAAGACUUUACUCUGUAGGCAAAUCUGUGGAAGAGAGAGAAUUGCAAGUUUUGGAAAUCACAGAUAACCCAGGAAUACAUGAGCCUGGUGAACCUGAGUUCAAGUAUAUCGGCAACAUUCAUGGCAAUGAAGUUGUGGGAAGAGAGAUGCUCUUACUGUUGGCCCAGCUUUUAUGUGAGAACUAUGGGACAGAUGAACUGAUUUCUCUCCUGGUCAACAGUACACGCAUACACAUAAUGCCCAGCAUGAAUCCAGAUGGCUAUGCCAAAGCCAAAGAAGGGGACCUUGUUGGUCUGGUUGGAAGAGCAAACGCUCAUGGUGUGGAUUUAAACAGAAACUUCCCCAGUUUAUUUCACAACAAUAUCGAAAAUCAAAAGCAGGAAACAGAGACACUGCUAGCCAUGGAUUGGAUGAAGUCUAUUCCUUUUGUCCUGUCGGCCAACCUGCAUGGAGGGUCACUUGUGGCCAAUUACCCCUAUGAUGACUAUCCAGGUGGCCAAGCUGCUCACUCUGCAUCUUUGGCUCCUGACAAUGAUGUGUUCAUAAAACUUGCGGAGUCAUAUUCUUUUGCACAUUCAACAAUGGCAGAGGGUCAUCCUUGUCCUGAAAAAGAUUCUACCUAUUUCAAAAAUGGCAUCACCAAUGGUGCAGAGUGGUAUGUCAUUGCAGGUGGAAUGCAAGACUGGAACUACCAGAACACCAACUGUUUUGAGCUGACCCUAGAGCUGGGUUGUGACAAGUUUCCCAUGGGAAGUGAGCUUCCGAAGUACUGGACUGCCAACAAAGAUGCUUUGCUAGUGUAUAUUGGCCAGGUUCAUAAAGGCUUGAGGGGCUUUGUUCUUGACAAGGAAAUGAAGUCUGGCAUAAAAAAUGCCACCAUUACAGUGGAUGAAAUUGAUCAUGUGAUAAGAUCAGCUAAUGACGGAGACUACUGGCGCCUGCUGACUCCUGGGACAUAUACAGUAAGAGCUUCGGCACCUGGAUACAAGCCUCAGACUUUCAAUGUGAAUGUUGGUCCAGGAGCUGCUACAUAUCUAAACUUCACCUUAGAACCUAAAGACUCUUACAGGUGGUCAGUGGAGCAUGACUUUGACAUCAAGGAGAACAUGAAGGCUGACACCUAUAUGAAUUUGAAUGAGAUUGACAAAGAGCUUAUGGCUCUGGCCUCCAAGAACCCCAUGGUGGCCCAGUUUGAAUACUUUGGGGAUGUGAGCACUGUAGGAAAAAUACCCAUGCUUCAUCUGACUAAGAAUGUAAGCCUGCCUGUUCAUCUCAGCCAGUCGGAUGAUGGGUCUUCUCACACAGAGGAAAACAAACCUCAUAUCUUGCUCAUUGGAGGGUUAGAUGGAGACUCACCUGUUGGGAGAGAACUUCUUGUCCGUCUGUCUCGUCACCUGGUAGCUGGUUUCAACAGCCAAGAACCAUUGGUGACCAGAGUAUUGAGCAACAUGCAUGUCCACAUCCUUCCACAGCUGUACCCGCUGAACAUGGCACUAGCCGAGGCAGGAGACUGCACUGGAGAAAAAUACAAGGGCACACGCUUCAAUGAGCUAGUUUCAACAAAGAACCCAGUCAUUGAGACUCUUAUGACACUUGUAGCAGUUCACAGGUUUGAUUUUAUUCUAAAUGUGGACGCAGGUGGCAAAUAUAUCAUCAUACCACACAACAUGGUUGUGGAUAGUACCAACAUGACCCCUGAUGAAGACAUCCUGCAAGAACUGGCCCAUGCUUUCUCCAGUGGCAUGACAGACAUCCUCCAAAAGGGGGCCUGCAGCGGAAGUGAGUACUUUGGUGUCAUCCAUGGCUCAGACAUCAAAGGGUCUAUACCAGUCCUAGCAGACACAGUCUAUACAAUGUAUAAAUCUCUUAUGCUGAACGCUCAUGUUGCAUGCUGUAAAUAUCCCCCUUCAUCAGAGCUUCCUGAUAUCUGGGUUAGUUCUCUGCAGGCGAUUCUUAAUGCUAUGUUAAAAUCCCUCCAAGGCAUUGAGUUGCAAGUCACAGAUAGUGAAGAUCAGCUCAUUGGUCACUACUUCAUGCAGCUGGACAGCAAGCCCAAAGAAAAUGUCACGUCCCCCUAUUUCAGGCUGACCAGCCAAGCUUUUCACACAGUGACCAUUGAAGCUGAAGGUUACAGGUCAGUCACCAAGACAGUGUUAGUGACUGAAAACACUCCAACAGUGCUGAGGGUAAAGUUGGAGAAGGAGGAGGCACAGGAUAUGGACUACCAUGACUACAACAGCAUGACCGCUUAUCUGAAGGAACUGACCACCAAAUGCUCCAGUGCUUUCAAUCUGACCAGCCUUGGCAAGACAAAAGUUGAUGCAGAUAUCUGGAUGCUUCAAAUAGGCAAGCAGCCUGAGAACAAUCCAACGUCUAAAAUACUUUUUGUGGGCAACAUGCAUGGCGAAGACAUGGCUUCAAGGGAAGUGCUGCUAAGCCUGGCCCAGUACUUAUGUCAGCUGUAUAAAACUGAUGACUACACUAAAAAGAUGUUGAGUGAGUUUGAAAUUUACAUGGUUCCAGCUUUGAAUGUUGAUGGUUCCAGGUUUGCUACUGUUAAUACUUGUGAAAAAGGUCUCGGCCACAACAAUUCAUUGAAUAUUGAUCUGGAUAACAAUUUCCUUAAUGACGAUGAUUACAAAUCCAACGAGGAGCAACUGGAAACCAAGGCCUUAAAGAAAGCUAUUGCGUUGAGCAGCACACCCAUUGUAGUCAAUGUAGCUAGUGGGAGCAAUCUCAUCUCAUAUUUUGGGCCCUCUGAUAAAGAUCUGGCUGAUGCUUUUGUUAAUGGAGGAUGGAAGCCUACAGAUAAAUUAGGUUGUGGUCAGAUUGGCCAAGAGCUGUCUUCUCCUGUUGUUUCCCACCAACAAUUUUUUGAUCACCGUGGAAGUUUACUGAGCCAUGCCUACUAUUACCUACACCGAGCUGGUAUAGAAGUGAACACUGGAUGUUGCAGAUACCCCCCACCCAACCAGCUCAAGCAGACGUGGCUACAAAUGAAAGAGUCCUUCAUGUCACUCAUUAGAGAGGCUAGAAUAGGUGUUGUUGGGCAGGUGGUUGAAGCAGAUAGUCGCAAGCCUCUCUCUGGUGUCCAAGUGGAGGUUCACCCAUCUGGCUAUUCUCAGAUAACCAACAGCAAGGGUCAGUUUGUUUUCUACCUGCCUGCAGGGACGUAUGAGUUUAAGACAUUUCUCAGUGGCUAUGUGGAUGCUAAAGUUCCAUACGUUGUUCUACGUGGAUCUAAAGCCAAAGAUCUGACCAUUGACAUGAGUGUCAGCACUUGGUUCCUGGGAAUGUCUCCGAUGUUGUCCAUUACAAUCAUUGUGUGUGUCCUACUUUUGGCUCUGAUGUUCAUCACUGCGGUCAUGUGUCUGAAGAAGAACGGCCCCAUGCAGUAUGACUCUUUGGGAUUCAGGCAGCUGAGCAGCCAUGAUGAUGACAAUGACAGUGACGACCUGAAUGAUAUUGUGCAUGGCGGAGAUAUGUACCCAAUGAAGAGCAGCAAUGGGUCCCAUACUGUGAAUGAGUACCACGAUGACGCCUCUGAUGAUGAAGAUGAGCACAGUAUAUAUGAGCGAGGCCUCAUCGGAAAAAAUUGAUCUCAACCUUGAUGAUUUGAAAUAGGAUUUUGUCAAAACAACAACAAGUUUAAAAAUUGAACUGGAAAAUAUUUUUAAAAAAAAUGUAAUUUUCAUAAUAACUGUGAGAGGGGUAAAUGUAUUCUUUUAUAUGCCAGUGAAUUCUAUACUGACCAAUAUGCAGCAUUCAAUAGUCCUUCCAUCAAUGUUAUGUUGUUAAGCCUUGGGAUCAUAGUUUCACAUGGUAAAAAAUCUUGAAUGCUGUUUAAUCAGUUUAUACCUAUGCAUGGGCUGUUAUCCCUUGGGAUAUCCCUUACUUUGUCAAGGGAAAGCAAAGGCAACUAGGCAUUAAUUUUAUAUAAAUAACAAAAAUCAAAAACUACUUUUGAUUUUAGAUUUGGGUAUUUGCCCCAGUUUUGUAAUUGCUAAUUAUUGUCACUUCUGAUAAUUGAUAGGAGACCAAAGUUUGAAAAUGGAAUUCUAUCCUCCUUUGUGUAUUUGAGUCAUGUGUCUGAUUUGCUCUAGCAUGUAAAUGUGAGAUACUAGGAUGUAUUAUUGUUAAAGCCCAUGAAUCUCUAACACUAGAUUUGCCUAAUUGACCCAUGGUUGUGUCUUGUACCUCUCCAAGCUCAAGUGCCAUACACUCCUUAUUCCUAUCAUGAUAACAGCAUUCCACCAGAGACCAACAACCUUCAUCUUUCUUUUAAUAUGUUUUGUCAAGGAGAAUAAAAGCUGAUUUAAAUCAAUGACAUGAGAUGUGACAGGGAUUAAAGUAUUCUAAUAUUACACUCCAUGUUAAUCUCCCCAUUUGGUUAAUUAGUCAUUUAAUGUCACCUUUCCCUGUUUUGUCAUUUCCCUCAUGGUCUAGUUAGUCAUUGAACAUUGUCUCCCCCAUUGUCUAUUAAGUCAUUCAAUGUUGUCCUCUUGUUGAAAGCAGUAUUGUGGAUUCAGUACCAUUCCAGUAAUGUUUCAAGCCUAGCCUCCAAGUACUCAUGCACUUUGUCAAACCUUACUAAAUGUUGCCCUUAUAAAAAGCUAACUUACAAUUUACAUUUCUGUCUUUUGAAGCAGAGUUUUCCAGAGUUUUUAACAACAUGUUUGUUUGUUUUUUGGUCCCACAACCUGUUUGAAGUACAUGUAUAAUUAUUUUACAACUAUCCUGUUGAAACCAAUGUAAAACAAUUGUUUUCAUAAUGACAAAAAUAAGCAAUAAUAAUAAUGUUAUUAUCUUGAAGUUUUUAAGUGUAAUUAAGAUUUUUUAAAUAUUUUAAAAUGUUUAUGGUCUUGUCUCUACAUAUUCUAGUAACAUAUUUUAGCAGCUUCAUGUAUCUUCAUGCAAUGUGCUACCAGGAUUUAGAGGCAGACUGUUUCUUGUUACAUAUAUCUUGCUUUGGUAAUAUCUGCAUAAUAUACAAUACUUUGGUUAAAGCAACUUCCAACGUGCUAGUUGCUUGGCACUGUUUUAAUAGUUAGCUCAACACAAUUGUGACUUUUAUGAAGCAAUAUGUCAAGAUCCACUAUCUUGAUGUCUUGGUUAAACAAAAUCAAAAUAUUACAAAAUAAAUUUUUUUUUUUCAUUGUCCAGUAAGACUUUCAAUCAAAACUGUUGAAGAUCACUCAUUUCUCUGUCUUUCUUGGCCCUAGAGACUUUCUGUUCAGUUCAGCAGGACAGAGAUAAAACUAGUUUUAUAUUUAUCUGAGGAAAUAAUUUGUUCUAAAAUGCGACAUAUCAAUUUUUUUUUUAAUCUUGCUAUUUACAUUAAUAGAGUUAUCCUUUUUUUCUUCACAUUCAACUUAUAAAAUGUAAGAUGUGUUACUCUUCUAUUGUUACUUUAUUUGAAUGAACCUAAGAAAAAAUCAUUUUAAGUUCUCUAGUUCAUUUUAGAACAGAUCAUAAUAUGUAGUAGAUAUAUUUUGACAUUUUAGUUUGAAUUAUCAACUAAAACUUGGUAGCUCAACAAAUUUUGCAAUAUGGGUUGGGCAGCUUAUUAUAGCAAUAUUAGUUUCUUAAAAUCAUCUACUGAGGACAGACGUAGAUGACAAAUAGAGAACCUAAAUCAGCAGCUAUGUCAGCUCUGGUUGUGGCAAAAUAUGUAGAUCGCAGCUGGGUCUGCAUGCCCACGUGAAAGAAAUACUGUACUCUUCAUUAAUCUUUAGGAGUCUAAUUAUUAUUAGUUUUUAUUUGAUAAUUUUUUUUUGUCUGUCUUUUGUUUUGUUUUUGCUUGGUUGUACUAUGAUCUCUCUCAAAUGACUUCAAUAAUCAGGCCAAGAGUUUCUAAUCCUAAAAUAAAUACUAUAAAUGUAUAUUUAUGUUAUUUUAACUCUGCUCCUACGCUGAAGCAUGUGGCGUGCACCAGUGGUGAAAGAGGGUUGAAACAAAAUGGUUGACUGUUGAUUCCAUACAAGUAGAUGGAGAAACAGAACUACAGAUAGGUUAGAACCGUCUGAGUUCUAGAAGGAAUCACUGCCAGUGUGGUCAGCAGGUGAGGAGCAGUGUAGGUUGUCUGGUCAGAAGGAAGUCUUGUAAGGAAACUGGAAAGGGUUGUUCCUGUUAGUGGAAGACAUUCCUGUUAGGUUAUAUAAACAUUGUACUUUGACCCUGUAUUAGUGACAAGCUAGGGAACUCUGUAGGAACAUUAAGACACAGGUGGCAACAGUGAGCCCUGCAGGCCAGAUCUAAAUAAAUGCCUAGCCAACAUAAACAUUUAUGUUUGUGUAAUCAUUUCUCUUCUGUUGUCAACACAAUUAACAUGACUCAUCUCUUCACCUUGAUCCUUCAUUGAGUUUUGGCCCUAGAUUUGUUACAGUUUAUUACUUUUAGUUUCUGUUUUGUUUCCUGUAAUAAUCUGUAACUCAGUUUUUAUUUUUCUGAAGAGUACCAAUCCUUUCCUUGGCUCAUUCUGUAGAAGUAGAAUUAAUGCUUACAGAUGACCUUGUGACCUACUGACCCAAUUCCUAUGAUACUUCUGUAGCCAAGCACAGCUAGUUUACAUCCUUAUUUGGGCUGCUGUGACCAUAGAAUAUUUCUUCCUAUUUUUUUUACUCCAUUGUAAGCGAAAUGCUUUGGGCAGGUCUUACUAGCUACUGUUUUUGUUUCUCUGAGUUCCAUUAUAAGAUUCCUAAAAGAUGUGAAAAAAACGAUUUCAGCAUUAUUGAAACUUUAAGCCCUUUUGAUCUGUUCAUGUGAUAUUACAUUUAGACUAAUGUCAGAACUAUUAAAGAUACUGUGUGUUGAUAUCUGGAUGUGUAUAUAAUGUACCCCUCUGUGUGUGAGUGUGUUGAUUUUUAUUGUUAUGCUAUAAUGCUAUGCUAAAUGCCUACUGACUUGACUCCUGAUCUGACUCAAACUCUUGGCUAUUGUGAAUCAGAGUUUAUUGAGUUGAUAGUGCUUCUAGGGUUUUCUAAAUAUGUUACAACUAUGAGGGGACUGCUAUCUUAGAAUAUUGGUCUUUUGAGUUUGUUCAUGAUAACAGGUCAAUGCAGAGCUAGUACUUCUUCCUGGUUUCAAAAGGUACAUCUGAUAGUAAAGGUAGCUGCUUUUAAUGUGGCCAAUAAUAUGAAAAUAUAGUUGUUUGGUUUUUGUCUGUUUUUUUCCUUCACCUGCACAAAUACUAAAACAUGGAAUUGAACCCUGGUCUGUUCAUGUCAGGGUAAAGUGAACUUCUUUUGAGGUUCAAAUCAGAUACAUUAAAGUUAACUUCUAAGGGUAGUUAGUGGAGAAAGAAGAUGAGUAUUCAUUCUCCUUUCUCUUGUAAGAAUCUUUAUAUUAUAGAUUUGCAUAUUUUCUGUAUAGUCUUAUAGUAAUUGUUUUGCUACAUUGAAAAUAUUUUUUUGCUCAGCUUCAAGACUUUUAGGUUCAUUAAGAAACCACCCACUUGCUCCACUGAUGUGUGUAGAAAUAAGACAAUAAUUUGAUGACACUUGUUUCAUGUUGAGAGCCACUGAUACUCUACUGGAAAAGGAACAUAUUAAUAUGUUUGUAUAUUAAAUAAUCAUAAUUACCUAACCCAAAUUAAUAUUAAUUGAUCAUUUUUUUAUGUACAUGUACAUGAUUAAAAUAUUUAAAUUCACUUUUUGGGGUUUGACUGUUGGCUUGUGAUUUUGUUGUGGUUUAUCGAUGAGAUGUUUUUUGUUUUCUUUUUUUUUUUUUUGUCUUUUUGAUUACCUUAAUUGAGUAAAAACAUAUUUAUUCUGAGUUUUCUGUUUUUAAUAUUGCUAUUGAAUUUUUUUUUUUUAAAUUUUGAUCUUUUGAUUUGAUCUCUGGGUUAAUGUAAUUGGCCAGUUUUGUGUGCACUCUUUUAAUGGGUACUUAAUUGUAUUUAAUAAUUUUUUUACUAAUUAAUUUCUUGCUUUAAUUUCCUAUCAGUGUUUAAGGUUCCAAUCAAUUCCUGUAAUGUUUGUUUACUAGUGCAUUUUGUUUCUACUGUCAUUAUUUGAAGGUACCCAUUUGUUUUGUUUUUUUUUCAAACUAAUCAUGAUAACUGUAUGGUAAUGGUAUAUGGUAUCACUAGACACCCUGCACAUACAAAUAUUUGUUUUUGGUUCACACCCAUGUUAAAUAGAAGAGUACUUGUAAAGAA